AUGGAUCGCAGCUUUAACUCCGCGGCCCUUCCCCGAAGCGCCAAAAACAAGGACCGCGCGCUCUUCCGGGACAGCGGAUACGGCGAAGGGCCACGUGCCCCGAAGGUGGAGGCUGCCGAAGCCAAAGAUGACAUGCCGAAGGAAAACCUUUCGAGUAACUUGUCUUUCGAUUCCCUGGGGAAGAUCAGAUUAAGGGACUCUGUUAGAGGUGCAGGAAAUGGUGCCAAGAAAGAGAGUCUGUCCUUCACUUCAUGGUGUGACACUCCUAAAAUAUCUAAAAAAGAUGCCUCUCUCAGAAGACGUCUCCUUAUAUCUAAAGCUGCUGUGGAUGGCAAAACGGGUAAUGCAAAAACGUCCCAGAGCAGACUCGUUCCAUCUUCGGAUGUUCCAGGAUCCAAAGACGACGACGACGAUGAUUCCGAUGGAAUCCACGAUUCUCCAGAUAACAGGCUUUUUGAGGCCUUGGCAACUAGCACUUUAAAAGCUGAGGAACUGGCCUUGUCUUGCAGGAAUCGACGCCUUGCGUUUUCUCAGGUAAAAACUUCUACUCUCAAAGAUGGGCACCACAAUUUUACCCAGCCCCUUCUUUUUGGGGCCCAGGAUGCAGGUCUCCCUGCGGAUGAAGCCGAUCUCAACGACAGCAUUAUUUACUCCAUCCCAAACCUUCUGACACCAGAACUGCUGGAGACUCCAUGUAGUGGCAAGCUUCUUACACCCACUAACUUCCAAACCCCUAUGAAUAACCUUGCUACAAACCUUGCAGACAGUCUUAGUGUCUUGAGCACGCCCUCGUUCACCCCGAUUGGUAAGCUGGACAUAUCUGCAUCGGAGGACAGUGGUUUCACUUCACUGAGCCUGGAUAAAUCUCAGGACUCCUCAGUGGACCAUGAUGGCUCAUUCCAGGAACUUUUGCAGCAGUCAGCCUCUAGAGGCAAGGACACACCUAGACUGGCCGAGCUGAAGAGGCGGCCCAUGCUGGAGCGUCAACGCAGGCUCCCGACGCUCCGAGAAGGGGGCUCCCAAUCCGAGGAGGAGCUCAGAGCGCCCGAGUCUGCGUCAAGAAAGGACAAAAAUUUGCUGAAGGGGCAAGAGGCCCUCCGUGCAGAGGAAGAUGAUGAACUCUUCCUGGAGAAAACUCCCCUGGGAGCUACCAGCACAAAGCUGGAGGACCUUUCCUUAACACCAGCGCUUCAAAUGGUGCAUGCCUUGUGCCAGCGCAGUGCCACGCUGCUGUCGCCAUGGGCCAACCUGCAGGAGUUGCUGAACUUGUCCGAAGGUGAUGAGGCAUUCAGGACAACCAUGCCUCUAGAAGGGCUCAUUGGGAGGAAAAUGGGACUGGAGAAGCUGGAUAUUCUUGCAGAGCUCAAGUCCAGGAGCCUUAGACACAUAUUAGGAAAGAUUUUAAAUUUUCUCUCUUCUGAAGACCUCUACAGAUUUGGUCAGGUGAGUAAAAUUUGGAAUGAAAUCAUCUCACAAGAUAAACUUACAUAUCAACGACGAAGAUCAUACUUGAAAGAGCUGAAGAUGGCACUUGAGCUGGGUGGCACAAUCUAUAUUCCAGAUGCAGACAGCAGACUGAAUGCCCUGAGCAGAUCUGCUCUCAGGUCCGUUCAACCCCAGUCCAGGACACCCAUCAUCUGCACCUCAGUGUCAGGCAACAGCUCAGCAAAAGAGAUGAAGAAAAUUACACACUUAGAUAGCAAGCGAGAUAAGUUCCUAGAGGUUGCAAAAACCCUGUUCCACGAUGAGUGCCUCAGACCUUGUCCCAGGUGCCAGCAUCCUGCCAAGUGUCAUUCUGUCAGGAGAGAAGGUGUGUGCAGUCAGGAGGACUGUGCCUACCAGUUCUGUACCGCAUGCCUGUGCGCCUACCAUGGGUCCAAAGAGUGUGCCAGCGGGUCAGCGAAGCGCCGCUCCAGGAAGGAGGUGCUGCCAGGAAGCACACAGAGCAAACGCAACCUGAGGCGACUCUGA